AAGCAGGUGACAUUCUCACUUAGCAGUAAAGGUGUCGACAUACUCCAUCACCUCGUCUUGACGGCGACUGGCACAAUGCCCUCGGCCAACGAUGUGUCGAAACAAGUGUAAUAUUUUGAAGGACAUUGGUGAUUCGCUUUAGAGUGCCGGAUACUACACGCCUGCGGGUUUGCGGCCGACAGCUGCGCGCACCAUCGAAUAGCUAACAGAUUAAUCAAAUCACAAACGUGGAGAGAACGGUUGAGUUGAAUCAGCGAACAAAGGGGCUCCUGCUCUGAAGUUCCUUCUCGUGGAACAGCCAAGCGAGAUCUUGCAUGGCUAAGAUAGGGAACGACCUCCGACCUUAUAUGGGACUAGUAAAGAGCAGCCGGUUCCAAAAGGUUAGGCAGAAAAAGAGCGCCGAGGUGUCCCUAAGGUCAGCUUCAGUGCACGUAGAAGCCAACAAUUAAUCAAGAUCGAGCGUGUCAGCGCUGGCACCCUCGUCCGUUUGAUGCGCAGACACUUUAUUAAGCCGAGCUUUCGUCUCCGAGACGUGAUCAAGCAAAUCCUUGGGACUAGAAGAUCGGCAAGGUAGGGAGUUGGAAGAAGAGGAAGGGACUCUAGAGGUGGUCAUCAGAUUGGUCGGCUUGUACUGAUUGGGUGAAGCAUCGUGGUGGUGUGGAUGUAGAGGGGGUGGGAUGAGGAUGGGGGUACUGGAAGGUUUGGAGUAGUGUUUUGCAUGGCUGGAGAUGUGACUGUUUCAUUUUUGUAGCUGGUCUAGUAAUUCCGACUAUGUCGCAUAAUACUUCGAGAUAAGUCUUUGUUGUGCAUUUCAUUUGGGGUUUUUGGGGUUUGUUUUUUUUUUUUUUCUUUACUUGUUUACGUUUAUUCUUUGAGUCUUUCAUUUUUUUUAAUUCCUUCAUCAGUUUAUUAAUUCUGUCUUUCAUACAGCUUUUAAUAAAAUGUUAAAUUAUGUCUUAUCACAUUGUAGACUGUGACUGAAUUUUUUUUUAUACCAGUCCAUGUGCGGUCACACAUGGGGGUGAGAGACAGUGCGGGGGUUCGGUGGCUUUGUGUGCUUGGUCUCAGACUGACGACACUUUUAUGGCCGUGCUCAUUGUCUCACAUUUCAGCUGCUCUCCCAAAUAGACAAGGACUGCAAACUCCAAUCAACAAACACUAGCAGACACUUUUUGUCUGCACGCAUCGUCAGCAGUGUUUACGACCAGCCAUUCGUCAGCUGCCCACCCGACUGCAAUUACACAAUAAACGUCAUUCAGUUGGUCAGUGACCAGUCUCCGCAGUCACCAUAAUCAUCUCGUUCAUUUUAUUUAGGGACAUCUGUAUGGUCAGUCCGUGUCAUUUGUCUCCUGGCAGAGUGCAUGUUGUAAUAAGAAUUCCUCCCUCUUUAGUCUUUAUCAUCCACCUCAUCGUCGUUGUGGUGAUGGGCUGGUUGAUAAUUUUUAUGUGCCGCUCCAACUGGUAGUCUGUCAUAAUUAGAGAGGAGAGGAGCGGAUUUAGUGCAGCCUGCAUGGCGCUGGUAACUAACCUUUUGUUUUCUUGGAACAGACAUCUGGACCAGCCGACGUCACAAUCACCGUUCCCCUCCCUUUACUUCACUCAUCACCACCUCAGGCUUUAUUAGAUGUUGGCAGUUGUGGUUUUUUAAAACAAUUCUGUUGUUGUGAACACUUUGCUUAAUCGAAUUUCAGUUUGAAAAGUAAAAAAAAAAAACUCGUUAUAUUUCCAUAUUGAUAAAGUCCACUCGAGGAGAAUGAUAAACUACUCAGCAGGGAUUUCAAAUGAGGGCUAAUUGUUUGCCAGCAGUCGUACACGACGUUAAUUGUUAUUGCUAUGGAUUGAAAUCGCGGUUAUUUUUAGCGCAGGACCGUUCUAUUCCAAACAUUGUAGUAGUAGUCGGGGGAUGGGGAAUGAAGAAAGACAAGGAGGGGGGGGGGGUUGCGGAGCAAUAGCAGCAACAACAGUUGAAGGAAACAUUUGACAGCAACAGCAAUAGAUUGACAGUAACAACAUUCAAAAUAAAUAUUGACAGCAACGCCAGUGGGUGGACACUGACAGCAACUCAGCAGCGAUGAUUGAAACAUUGACAUCGACAGCAGUUGAAAGAAAUAUUAAGAGCAGCAACAAUAAUUAUUGACAGCAACAGUGGCAACAGCAGUUGAAGAAACUUUGACAGCAACAGCGUAAAAAACAUUAACAUCAACAGAAACAGCAGUGACAGUGGCGGCGGUUGGCGUGGUGGGAGGUAAAGGCGCCCAAGACAGUCUGUAUGUUCGCUCACUUGGGAACCAACGAGCCACCCUGCACGUAGCCAUCUGUUCUUUUUCACGCAUGAUUUGUUUUCCAGGACAGUAUUUGAGGUCAAUCACCCGUGCAUCAGUUUUCAUAACGCGGUAGCUUGGAUUGUGUGCCUGUGAUGUUGAACUGUCAUCUGUCAGUCACUUUUUUCAGAGUACCCUCAAAGAAAAGACAUUUCCGAAGAUGUCUGUUCUUUCUUGUUAUUUUGACGAGGGACUGUUGUGUAAGUGGUAUGAUGUCUUUCUACGUUUGACAUCUCGCAACGCUGGAGUGUGUCCCUUGUACAAGUUUCUUUCACGAAGUAUAGGAACCAACUUAAUGCGUUUUUUUUUUUUUUUUUUUAUCAACUCGCAUCACACCUUCCAUCCCACUCACUCCUAGAGAAGGUCGGGAACAUCCCUACAGACUUUAGCGUUUUAUCAAGCUUCCACGAAGUUUACGACUUGCUUAGUUCUUUUGAAGCCCAUCGCUGUGACUGCACAAAGCCAAAGGUCACGCGCCCCUUGGCUUUGAGACGCAUAAAGUAAGGUCACAGAGGCCUGGCUCCGGGGCUGUUCAUGAAAGGAUCCUGGGCAGAACGAGGACAAGUCGGACUUUACACGUAGAGGAAGAAGCGGGGGAGGUGGGGUGAUGGGAAAAAACGGGUUCCGGGGGAGGGGGCAGCCAAACGUUUCGGUUGGAAGACUGCGGUGGGUGAAGAGGGGGUUGGAGUUAAAAAAGGGGGCACAGAGCGGGCUGUAAUGUUUGGGAGAAAGGAGUUGCUCUUAAGUAGUCGCAACGAAGACGCUUCCGCUGCCGUGGCAGGCUUCAAACCGGAUCAAUUUGUCGGCUUGAAACAGUUGGUUCGUUCGGUUGCCAUGGAAAUAAUUUUGCGAAAAUAAGCGGUCUUUGUGAUGCCACGCGAGUUGCAGCUGGGGUGGCGGGAGCUGGGCAAGUGGCGGCACUCUCUUAAUUGCGCGAGGUGAGCGCCGGGGCUUGCUGGGAGAGCUGUCCGAUGUGAACAGGUCCUGAUGGAAGUGCGGGGCGAGCUGGAGUGAACUGUACCGAGAGAGGCAGUGGCCUGAUUGGCUCCUGCACGCUGUUUUUUUUUUCUCUCCCUCCCUCUUCUUCCCCCUCCACCCAUGCAUGGACAGCUCUUGCGAACACUUGCCGUCCCCACAGGGGACCGAAAGUACUAGAGUUACCUUCCUUUCUUUCUUCGUCAUGUGUCAGUAAAGGAGGAAGAUGGUUUUCGGUCUCUUCUUCCUCCACCUCCUCCUCGUCCAUCAUGGCUGAAGGGACAAAUCUUUUUGAUGGUCAUCAUCACUUAGAGCUGGAGCGCUUCUGCGCGACUGGCGAGAGGGGGUGAUGAAGGAGCUGGAGCGCGAGAGGAUGUUGCGCGUGGACACAGAGCAGCGUCUCCAUGAGAUGCGCGUGGAGAGCGACUCCUGCCGGGCUCGACUACAGGCGCUGCAGGACGAAUUCAGGAAGAUGGAGGAGAUGGUGCAGGAGAUGCUACAGUACAAGACCAAGAUCGAUCAGCUGAAGCAGGAGAAAACCAACCUGACAGUAACAUACGAGAAUAACUUGCAGAAAUGCCGGAAUCAUAUCAGCAGGUUAGAGAGAGAAAACAUGAUGCUGCUGAAUCAGGUGAAAAAGAUGGAAUCUCAGCUUCAUGGCAAGGGGGAUGAGCGAGACAAGUCCCGGCUGCUGCUGGAGCGGCUGAAGAUGGUGGAGGCAGAGAACUCAAGCUUGGUGCUGGAGAAUGAGCAGCAGCGCCAACAGUACGAGAAGUGCCUGGACCAGAUUGCCAACCAAGUGGUGCAAGCUUUGUUGGCACAGAAGACAUUGCGGGAGGAAUGCAUGAAACUGCAGCAGAGAGUACAAGAUCUUGAGCUGCAGAACCAGCAGCUGAACCACAUGUUCCAGCAACGUGUACGGUUUCCUUCCGAUUCAGCCUUGCAGCACCUGUCUUGUAGCAACAGUACGUAUGUGUGUCAGACAGCUGCAGGCUCAGGAGAGGUGACUAGUGCUCAGUUUCUGCAGGGCAGCGCAGCCUCAUUGCAGAGCAUGUGCAGUGAGACACAGAUGUUUGAUGACAGCCCUGGCCAACCACAAAUGAGCACCCCACCACCAUGGCUGAGAGACAGGCUGGAAUUGUUACCUCUAGACGAUGAUGUCAGCCUGUCAAGUUCUUCCAGUGGCAGUCCCUCCUCACCCACUACUCCUGCUACCUUCCAGGACCGGCCCACCAUUUCAAUGUCAGCCAUUCUAGUUCCUGGCAUGACCACAAAGAUAGAGACAGAGUUUCCUGCGACCAAUUCCAGCCCCAAAGUCAAACGAAUUAACGUGUUUGAAAGGGGCACACGGUCGUUGGAGAGAAGGCGUGGUGGAUUUGCUCCCUUGUCAUAUGCAGCUGGCCCUGGUAGAGGAAAUUCAGGGUCAGUGAGACUUCAAAGAAAGACAAGGCUUCAUCAGGUUUCUUCUGAUGCACAGACUGGAAUCCCACAUCUACAGAAUGGUGUACAGCUUGUGACAGGAGGAAAGCAGGCAAAGCCAAAAGCAGAUGUUCCAGAAUCUGCCACUGUCUCACCAAGAUUAUUUUGUCAAGGUGUAGAAGGUUUGACAAAGCUGGCAACACCUGGUGCAUCCUCUUCAGCAGAUCAUGCUGUUGGUGGUCAGCCAAAUGUUGCUGCAGAUUCUACCAGCAAGCUUCUGAACUUCAGCUCUCUAAUAAUAGACAAGGUGAAACUCAGGCGCAAGAACUCUGCAGCAAGUGGUGACGAUGCUGUGCAUGCUGCAUAUUGCACCCCAAUGCGCAAUUCUCUUCCCCCUUCAGUGCCAUUUCACAGCCAGUACUAUUAUGACUACAGUGAUGAGGAUAGUGACUCACGACCUGUCUCACGUAUCUGCAGCAGUGCAUCAACUGUCUCCCUUAGUGAACUGCUGGACACAAGUGGUGAAGCUGAACUCCCGUUAGAUGAAGACUUCUUUUCUGAUUGGUCCUCUGUAUAUCUCUCCCCACAGCAUAAACUUUCCAACAGACCCAGCAACAUCCAUUCACUUUCAGUGCAAGAGCCAAGCCCUUGCAGUCAGGAAAAUGGGCUUCAAAAGACACUGGAAGCCCAAGGAGAAAUCACUGUCUCUGAAUCAUCCAGUGAGAAAAAAAAGUGUACGGAGUCAAAAGCAGCCCCUAUAGCUGACUGUGAGCCAUCAUCAUACAGAAAACCAGAGGCUCCUCGAUCUGCAUGCAAGACAAGUCUAGGGACCAGUGAAGGGCCCAGAGUGAAAGACUGUAGAGACUUGAAUACUAUAGCAGCAGCUAGGGUUGACAUCGUAAACUGCAUGGCAGGCAAUUCCAAAUCAUCUUCGAAUGCUUUUGAUUCUGGACAAGGCAUCUCUGAAGCUAUGUCAAGCACUCAUGAUACCUUAGUCAAGCAGACUGAGUCACCUUCUGAGAAAGGUGCUGCUUCUAAAAAUGUUAAAGCAGAGAAAGCAGAAGUGAACACUGUUUCCGUGUUUAAGUCAGUUACUGAAGUUCAGCUUCCCACAAAACAGACUGGCGUAUUGCUUAAUGGUUCCACGUUGAACCUAAAAGCAGGGUUGAGAGAUUGUAGUCCAAGUAAUACCUCACAACAUUUUGUAGAAAAUGCAUCACCUCAAGUCACCGAAGCUAGAGAUGGCUGUGUUAAAGCCCGAGAUAAAAAUGUGGAGAGUAACUGUUCCAUCAGAAAUGACAUACCUUUCUGUCGUGAUCUAGUGACUUCAGUCAUAAGUUGUGAUGCUCUUGGCACCACAACAAAACUGAAAUCCCAACCCCUGACAGGGGAGGAGAAGAGCAGAGUCUGCCGACCUGAUCAUCUGAUCCUUGCUCCUGCAGACAAGCAUUUCAAUUUUCAUGGAUUCACUUCUUCUAGUUCAUGUAGCUCAGAGGAAAACUCGUCACUUAUAUUUUUGCCCACCAAGCAUAUCAGAGGAACCAGUCCUCCAGGGGUAUGUGGAGCCAAGGAGAGUAGUGAAGCCAGCCCUCUAUACAAUCCAGACAGUGCCAAAGCAAAUAAAAUCCCCCCACCUGUGCCUCAGAAACCAUCUCGCAUCAGCCCAGAUGCAGCUACAAAAAGUGUGCCUCAGGUGGUGUUACCUAAAGGCAGCCUUGCUGCUGGUGACCCUGGUGGUAGUGUAUGUGGCAGUGAAACUGUGGGUAAGUUCCCUGCAAGCACAACUCUCACAGUAGGGUUUAUGACUUGUCCACAAAUGCAGAUCCAACACCUCAGCAGUGAUGACCACGACUCUGUGCAAGAUUUUGUCAAUCUGUUGGUUAAAGACAUGAAAGAAAGGGUGGCUAGACACACAGAAUGGUCCACCAUUAGCAGCAGCACUUCCUCUACUACCACAACUGUCUCUAGUGCAGGCACAUUGGCAUACUGCAAGUCUUUGGACUCCAGCUUUGAAAGCUUGAGGGCAGAACGAUCUGGAAGCAAAGACGAUGGGUAUUCAACCAUGUCAAGCGACAUUCACCCUAAUGCUAUGGACAGGUAUGCCUUUCCUGACUCUUCAGGUGGCAAGCCAUCUGUUGAAGGCACAAGCUCAGGGAAGAAGGUAUCAGAGAGAGAGCAGAGCCACAUGCAAGAGGGGGCCUCUAUAAGUAUGAGGGAUAAAUCUUUUGAAACAAGUGACCAGGACUCAGCCAUGGAGACCUCCACCCACAGCAUGGACACACGCACAUCGAGUCAGAGCCUGUCUUCCCAGGUUUCCUCUUCUUCUGGAGAUAAUGCUUUGAGCCCUGUGUCAAAAGUGACUCGCAUGGCUCGAUUCUUUGAAGAGGAAGCUGGGAAAACUUGCCGCAGCAACCAGCAAAGGCCUGGAUCAUGUGCUUUAUCUAGCCCUUUGUCACCUACCCUUUCCAGUGUGGGCACACCAGACAGCUCUCUGUGCUUGAGUCCUAGCAGCAGCCAGUCUCCAUGCUCAGUUGUGCAACCCUCCAUUCCUUGCACCAUGGCUAUGAGGUCCUCUCUGCACUCUUUUGUGCCACAGUCAGGCGAAUCUGGUCUGUCUUAUGCAGGUGUGCAUUCCCCUCUGUCAGUGCCUUUUCACAGCCCUGCCAGUUCUGGGAAGGUCCAUCUACAAAGAACCCAAGAUGAACUGAAAUGUGAGCCUGGGCCAUUACAGUCUGGCCUGCCUCAUCCCCAUACAGCAUCCAGCAGUGACUCUAGCACACCCUCGGAUGUUCUUGUAGCCUGUCCACUUAAUGACAAACAGUUGCAAAGCUCCCCUGACAUACUUCAGUAUCAGCUGCACAGCGUGUGUGACUCAGUCAGGCUGUUGCCAUCACCUAAUCUUAGCCUGCCCAUGAACAGCACUUCCAGAAGGGAGAACGUUAUGUCUUGGCCUCCAUGUAAGCAGAAUACAUCUCUUGCUGGUUUAUCAUCAAAUAGAUCUCACACAGAUAAUCCCAGUGCCUCAGCACAUUGGGAGCCUGCACUAUUGCAUGUUAGUGAAGAGAAGUUCCUAGAUGACAUCCCAGAGGAAAGCAGUGAUGAGUGGGAAAAUCUGUAUGUGCGCACUUUUCAGGAGCAGCAACAGCAACAACAACAACAACAACAACAAGCACACAAAAGUCUGCACCAACACUUUUCUGGAACUCAGCAGCAGCCCAGCAGUAGCAAGAUGUUGGCAGGUUCAACCACAUUUUUGACAAAAGCAAAAUCAGAAAGCAACCUGUGGGAGAAGCCACAGCUAGGAUCAUUGUAUGAUGAGAUGAUGUCUGGCAGCUGGGAUAGCAGUAAAGUGCUGGAGCGGUCUGCCUCUGUAUCAGAGGUGGAUUGUCGCAGUCGAAUUCUGUGUGCUCAAGAACGGGCAUCGCUGCAACACAGUGCUGAUAAAAUAUUUCUUGAUGAAACAGAAAUCAACCAGCGAGUGGCAGUGCUCUUAGGAAGAACUCAGCUGGGCUCAGCUGAAGAUGAUUUGGACAGUGAAACAGAGACUGCUCAGCAGAUCAUGGACUUAAAGAAAACACUCAUGUCAAAAUGCUUACCCAGUCUUCCAAAGUGGAAACCACAAGAGACAGUUGAAAAAUUGAAAAAGAACUCCACCCCUUCACCAUCCUCUAUCCAAAAGAUGGAUGGCAUCAGUGCAGAAGAUUGGCUGCUGAAGUUCACAAAGGAGGAAAUUGAGAAACAUACUUCUGGUUCCCUCAGGCUGGAUGUGAAUAUGGUUGGCGAAGGCUUGGGGAAGUACUUUGGCAAUAGAGGAGAGAAUGAGAGGAGUCAGACUUCUGGAGAAUCAGACUUUUGUUACAACAGUCAGGAUUCAGAACCCAUAGUGGAGGGCCAAGGGCCUGUAAGUGCGGAAGAUGCAGAUUCCAGCGAGUGUAGUGCUAGAUCUCCAGUAGAAGAACAAAAGCAGUUCAACAGCCAGUUCUACAGUCUCUGCUUGGUGGAGUCCAGCAGAAGUCUGUCCUCAAGUGUUGCUAGUUUCGACCACGACCACGAUCGUGAGCAUGAGGGAGAUGACCAGUUCCAGCCUCCCAUUUCUCACCCUUCUUUUUUGAUCAAUGAAAUAAAAUCAAAAGAGUUUGAUGACAUUGCACGACAAAUUGCCAGUCUGUCUCGAACAGUGGAUGAGCUCAGUCGCAGCUUGAACAGCCUUAACAGUGCAGGAUCCGGAGGAUCCAACCAGGACUUACGUGCCAGCUCUUUAAAUCAUAAUGGCUCUGAAGCAGUCAGUGAUGCAGGAGCAACAAAACAAGAAUGCAUAGACGGAUAUCACUGGGUGGAUGACGAGUUUUACCUCACUUCCUGCGGAGGGGAGGUUAUCAUUGGCAGUGCCACUUUUCUGGAAGAGGGGCUUCAUGGCUACUGUGAAGAUGGAGCAGGUGAAGAGGGAGGUCUCUUCCACUCCAAUGAUGAUGAUGAUGAAGAUGAUAAUAGUGAUCAUGUGGGACACAUGGAUGCCAGUGACGACUUCUUUACUAUAAGAAUGCCUCUGAACACUGUUCUGUCAAACAACUGCCAGUUUCAGUCUAAAAAAGGCCUUACAGAAAGAGAGCUGCUGCUGAACAGGCUGACACAGUUUCGAUACAACAGUGACGGUCAGCUGGACCAGCAGGACACAGGGGUAGAUGAGGCAUGCAUGGGCUGGCGCAUGGAGAAUUCUGUUUCACAUGCCAGUCUUAGUGGUCAGGAGAGAGACUAUGCAGGAAACAGCUUGAUUGACAAAGAGACGCGGACAAACUUACUGGGGUCUGUUCUGGCAUCGGGAGGGGAGAGCAAUGACAGUCUGUCAAGUGAUAUUGGUCUGGACCACAUGAUGUGCCAACGCCUCAUUGGUCGCAAAGGCAAGUUGGAUGUGGUACGAAUUGCUUUGCAAAAGCCCCGUCCAGUGCUUGACUUCUCCAAAUUUUUCAUCCACUUUGGUAAGCCAGAGCAGGAGGCAGUGGCAGCAUUCGAUUUCCUUGAGGACAUUUCGACUUCAGAAUCUGGGUCAGAGAAUCCCUCUGACCCCAUGUCAAGGAGGUCAUGUAAUGCUAAUCAUGUGCUGAGCAAGGAAACUCUUCUGCGUCAAGCAGCUGCAGCAGGUCACCUGUCCUCAGCAUGCAACGCUCCCAGGCUGUUCUCAGGGAGCGAUUUUACUAAAUUUUGUGUGCCAAAAGACAACGCAGGCAAUAUGGUGCCUCAGCACCAUCCUCAUAAUGACACAUACCAGUGCCAACCACAGGUCCACCUAGGGCACCACCAUCACCAACAGCAACAGGUGGAGAGGAGGAGGACACUAGAUACCCCAAAAGAUGGAGGCGCCACCACCAGCAGCACGCCACCAUUACGCAGACGCAAAAUGCGGCAGAGAAGACGGCGGGCUGAACUGCGGCUGGCAUCCAACAGGGGAGGAGAUGGGCUGUCACCAAAGUCAGGUGCAGUUAAAACCAGAACUGGCACAAAAGCCAUACGAAGCCGAAGAGGAGAGAGAAUGCAUGGAGAGUGGCCAGACCUUAAGCAGGCAGAGCCUGCUAUGAGCACACUGUCCCUUAGCAGUGACUCUUGCUGUGAUGGUAGUUCCUCCUCUUCCAGCCCCAGUGUAACAGACCUGACUAAAUUCUGACAAGGAAUGUGUGUUUGCUGCUGGCAUGUACAGAAGACAUUUGGAAAUCUAUCAGUAUGUAAUAUUCCCAUUGUAUAUCUGUGUGUUAGCAAGAGAAUGCAGAAACUAGAGGGUGCUGAUUAUCAAAAGUUUGUUGCGAGCAUUUUUUUUUUUUGUUUCUUCUCCUGCCAGCAGAUUUUGACAUAGUUUAAAAAUCAUUUCACUGUGUGUCUCACGGUCUGUGAGAUGGUGGUGCUUCGAGGAUGGACUUUAGCAACUAAAAAUGUGUUGAAUGUGCAAAACAGGGUGCCUCUUUACUGUGGAGUAAAAAAUUCUUAUGUCUACUCAUUUAUCACAGCAGUCUUUACAAGCCAACCUUAAAAGCUGUUUCUGUAUGCAGAGGAAGGCAACAUUUUUCUGCAUCAGGCAGUUUCCAUUCCAUGAUGUCAAACACCUUUUGAUGGGUCAAGCUAAUUGUGCUCCCAGUCACUAGUCUUUUCUCAGCUUCCCUCCUACUUUUUGUUUCUUUGCAUGGCUUUUAUUCCCACUCAGCAACACCAAAGACAAAUCUUAAGGGUGUCUAUGCAGUUUGAAUAGGCAAACUGCAAACACAAUAAAAAGGGGAGCUAAUUUACAAGUGGGGAUGACGAGUUUGUGCUGUGGCACAUUAGAUUUUCUUUUGCUAUAUCUUGCCAGUAUUGAAAGGUUCCACUUUCUCAAGACUUGCAGGUUGUUCAAGGCCAGAAAUUAAAGUACUUCAACAGAUUAUCUUAAUUUUAAUAACAGCUAUUUCAGAAAAUAGAAGAAAUUAUGUAUCUUUUUUGUAUAAAACUUGUAUAUGGGGCAAGACAUUGCAAAGAGAGCAGUUAUUUCAUUAACAACAAUUUUUUUGCCACCAAGAAGAACUGUGAAAACAAUUUCUUCAUGUUCUGAACAUAAUUCCAAAAAUGUUAGAAAUCCCACAAUCCUUCCAACAAUGAGACUAAAUUUGUUUCCUUAUUCGGUAGUUGACAUGCCUUUCUAGUGUGAAUAAUUCUAAAGAUCCAAAACUGUUGAAACAAUAAUGUGAAAGGAAUGCUUGAUUAAAUGUGUAUCUUAAAUCUCUUUGUGUUUGAAAAAUCUACUUGAAAAAAAUAUCUGUUUAUAAAAAAAAUAACCCUUCAUGUUGUACAAAUGUUAUGGACAACAUAUUUCUAUUGGGUUAAUGGGUAUUAUUUUCUAAGUUAUGUUUAUAGAAAUUAUUUAUUAGAAUUGUUCAGUAUUUAUAGUACUCCAUAUUUUGCAAGCCAUUGUUUAUCAAAAAAAUUAUUUACCCUUUCUGUGUGAUUUGUUUUGUGAAAAUUUGUUGGAGACUGUAUGUACAGAACUAGCAUUUUUAAGUGUUACAGAUGUUGAUGGAAAAGGUGGGUAGGUAUCACUGUCUAAUUUAGGGAAAAUAGUGUACAAAAUGGAAACUAUGAUUUUCUUGGAAUGUUUUUUUAUUUCAUUUUUUUGUUUCCUUUAAUUUUCUUAAGGGACGAGUUGGUUUAUGGUAAGAAAUACUUUUCAGUUUUAAAAUCUGUCAUUAAAAUGAAAGCAUUUACAACUUAUUCAGUCAUGCUAAAUCAAUAUGGAAUGUCAUUUAAAUUGUACAUCUACACAUCUAAUCAUAAUGGUACAAUAAUUAUGGAGGAAACUAGAUGCAUCUUAGAAAAGAUUCUCCAUGAACAACGAAAUAAGUGCUAUAACAAGUGAUUCCAAUAGCUUAAAUGAGUGUCUACCUCAUAUAGUUAUUUAGAUAAAUGUAUGUGUUUAUUCCAAAAGUGAAGUGACCAUUGCAUAAAGAUUUUUAUUUAGCAUUUCAUUUUUGCAAGGUCAUAAUUCACCAGCCUACUGCCUUAAAGUUCAUUGGUCACACACAAUCAUUUUCAGAAUGAGUUCUGGUGGAAAUUAAAGUAUUUCUGAAGCAUUCUUUCAGCUAUCAUAAGCAUAGUAACUCUCACACAACUAUGGUAGUUGCUUGCCUAAACUCUGCAGCAUAUAAAACUAGUGACAAUAUUCUGGGCUAUAUUGCUUCAGUAAUGAUUGUGGGAGCUUUGAAUUAAAUGCUCAACAUGAUAUUAAAUCAGAUGAAUAUGCAGACUGCAAUAUGUUUUAAAAAUUAUAAUAAAUAUUUGCCUUGUGGAUUGCAUUUGUUGUGCCAGGUUCUCUUGCAAUGGUUUUCUUCUCUUUGAGAAAUAUUGGACUGAUAAAGAAUCUUAGUCAAAACUAGUUUACGCCAUAUCCAUCCACAGUGAGAUGUUUCUUUUUGUAGCUUUUUUGCUGUACAUACAUUAUUUUUCUAUUCAUAUUUUUGGACCAUGUCUGUAUUUUUAGAAAUCUUUUGUUACAAAAUAGACAGAUUCAAGUGUGUGAAAUUUUGUGUAAGUUGAAGUUUUGGGUGCGCCAAUGCUUUGCAAUACUGCUGAUGCUUUCUGGUCCCAAAUCCUACGUUAAAUGCUGGGCAAAGGCAUUGUGAAGCAGACUACUAUAAAUUUUCAGAGGUAAGUUAAUCCUAAAUUUGGUUUAUCCAAAAUGAAAUGCCUUGAUGUCUGCUGUUUGCAAAAUAAUAUUUAACAAUGGCAUGGUGUGUCAUUAGUGCAGCUUUUGAAGAGGUUUACAAAGUGUAAAUUUUAUGAUCCACCUUCGGUCACCUUCAGUGUGUGGAACAACAAGAAUAUCUUAGGUCUUUGAUUCGGUAAGGGUGAGGAAUGUCUGCAUACAAUUUUAGCACAGAAGAAGCAAAAAAAGAGUCUAAGUAUUUACUUCAUUAUCACAGGCACCAAAUCUUAUCUUUUUCUAAUAUUUAGUCAGACAUUUAGUGCCAGUGAGAAAAAUAUGCAGCUGGCAUGAGCAUUUUUGGGUCAACCACUAGAGUUCAUCUUUGUGAAUAUACCUUAACACAGUGCUCUGUAAUCCUUCAGAAACUUUAUUGGACUGCAUAGAAAGUUUUGUCAAGAUUACUACUUAACUCUUCCUAUACAGUUGGCACUAUCUUCAAUUGCGCCAGUAGACCUGUAUUAAAUGAGUAAACAGCCCUGUCUUAAACUGUUUUCCCAGUGGCCAGUGAUGGCACAGAUGCAUCGAGUGCUUGCUGUGUGCUAUCACUGACUCCUUGAUACACCUGAUACAAAUAUGCCAGUGUUUUCAUUUGUUAAUUUCAAUAUUGAAGUACAGUUCCAGAUCAUGGUGCAACUCUUGUAGACAUCCUAGUGUUUGGGGUUUUUUUUUAAUGUUGCUGAUGUGGAAAAAGGCUUAAACAUCUAAAAUGGUAUCAGAGAAUAUUAACUUCUGCUGUCUUCAGAGUGCAUGGCCAAAAUCAAUCAUAUUAAUCAACUAUGCAAUGCCUUACAGAAGUGACCAGCAUGGUACUUCUUCAAAUGACAAUAUACGGUCACAGACCUGCUUCACACCACUGUCUUGCCAUUAAAAGCUAACAUCAGACUGAGAUGUUUCAUGUACACAGCUUUCAGGUUGACAUUUUGUAGUCAUGGUAAGAAUUCCUAGACUGGCAUGCAUGACCAGGAGAGACUGAACAUUUUCUCAUGCUUCAUAUGCAUAUGUACAAAAUUGAGCACAUGCAUGCACACACACACACACAAUACAUACACUGCAUGUGAACUAACUACAAAAGGGAAAAGGUCUCUUUCACGACUUGCAGGAAGUGCAGAAAAACACAUAUUUUAUUUUCUGACAUACUAAAAGACUUUGUAGAAGACUGCCUCAUGUACAGUAAUGACCGGGAUGCCUAAAAUGAUUUUUUAUUUAAAUUAAAUGUUUGAGUGGAUAAAAAUGUUCUUCCGAAACAUAAGGCAUGAUUCAGUCUUAUUCAUGCAGCGGUUCAUUUCUCUGAGAAAGGUUUGUACUUGGUUUUGAAACAGUCCAGUUUUCACCCUCAUUUCCACCAGUAACAAAUUUAACUUGACAAUUAUAAUUAUGGCUGUUUUUGAGCCUUCUACGCAAUGUGUGUGCAGUGUGGCAAAGAAGAUGACCCGUUGCUUUUGUCUUAGUGUCUCCCUUUGUGAACUUUCAGUUUUUCUCUGCUCCACCCAAAAAGAGGAAACAUUUUAACACUUUACUUAUUUUGGUUUGCCUACCCUUCCCUGGGUAGCAUGUAACAACAUACACAGGGCAUUCUGAAGUGAUCUGACUCUCCACAUGAACGUGCCAAGGGUUCUUGCAUGUCUUCCUGUUGACUGUAUUAGGAUCUGUUUUGCUUUUAUUUGAUAGUGAAGGCUACUACUUUGACAAUUUUUGAGCCAUUGUUAAUGUCUGUUAAGAAGCUAAGGACUUAAACUGAUUUACACUGUAGUUCAGGAAGUUUUUGUAUGUUGUGUGUUUUAUUUUUGUGGCUUUUACUGUCUGAAUGACCUUAGUGAGUUUUUAAUGUAAACAUGGUGUGUUUUAUAAAGUAUGCUGUUGUAAUUGCUGGAGUUAGCAAAAUCAAUGCAUUUACUUUCUGCUGUCCAUGAGGAACCAUUUAGCCAUGUUAUUGUACCCCUGAUGUACCCCUGAUGGUGGUAUUUCAACCAUUUUUGUGCUUAUGGCUUGCAGUAACAUAUAUUGUGUGUUCCUUUUUUGCACUGUGAUGGUUUUAUUUUACCCUCAUUGAGCAUGACUAAAUUUAGAACUCCUGUGAUUUUUUUUUCUCCUGUUUACUGCCAGCAUCUUUGUGAUCACAUUUCUUUUCAAAUUUUGGCCAAAGCAAAGUAGAAAUCAAAGCCCAGGUGUUUUCAUCUUUCAAAUUAUAGGUGUUUAUCUCCCUGAAUUUGUUCGAGCUUGUGUGGUUCUUUGUUUAAAUUCCCAUUCUCUUCGUGUUGUUUCACAAUUUGUGUGAUUAUACAGGGCAUAUAUAUGGACCAAAGCAAAAUUUUUUAAUAUUGAAUAUUAAAUUUUUGUGUAAUGUGCUACAUGAUUAUUUUUCAACAUAUUUUACAUACUGAAAUCAAAUUAUACAAAUCUCUUUUAGCCAGUACAAAUCAUUAUUCUUUUGGGCAUAGAACACCUGUUUCUAAGAACCAUCAUUAUAGACUAUACUGUGGACACUAUAUUAAUAUAUAGGUAUUACUUACCUUUGAUGGAUCCUGGCAAAAGUAAUUCAUGUUACUUUUCCAGAGUACUUUUGGCAUAACACCUUUUUGUUUGUGCUGUGCAUUCAGUGUUCAUUGUCAUAUCCUUCUACCAUCUAAUGUGCAUUGGGUGUGCUUGGAUUUUGGACAUUUGUAAUACCCUUGCCCAUGUACUCGAGUAAUAUAUGUACUUUUGGUGGAUGGCUGGUAUCUAGAUUUUCUAGGCAAUUUAUUAUGCCUAUGGCAACACUAGGGUUGUUUUUGGCAACAUAUUCUGAAAUACAGAUUUUUCAAAAGACAAA